AUGUCUCGAGAGUGCAAAGUGAGGCCUUCACAGGGUUAUGGGGUCAGACGUUAUAAUUGUGGCCGUUUGAAACACAGAUCUGUUACAUGUCGAUUUUCAACAAGGUUUGGUGAUAGGCCUAAUGUGAAAAAUGUCGGUGCUGCUGUGGUUGAUUUAGGUGGUGAUGCAGAACAGGAAAGUGAAAUUAGUGCAGUAUGUUUAGUGCAACCCAAGUUCACAACCAAGGCUGAUAUUGAAUCUUGUAUUGAUGGUGGCAAGCUUUUGUUGGCUGGCGGAAAGAGAAUACCACUAGUCCAUAAUGCCUGUUUCCAACAAUCUGUUAAAUCUAAAACCAAAAUGCCUGUGGUAAAAGGAAGGAUUGGAGAAAAAGUGGUUACCACAUUGAUGGACACUGGCUGUGGUGUGGUAGUAAAAAGAGACUUUGUUAGUGACAACCAGUACACUGGAAAGUUUUGUUGUAUGCUCAUGAUAGAUAAUACUGCACGUACUGUACCUAUAGCUAAGCUUUAUGUAGACACCCCGUAUUUCACUGGUGAGGUGGAGGCACAGUGUUUGCCUGAUGUUAUUUAUGAUCUAGUCAUUGGUAAUGUUGAAGGAGCCAGGGCACCAGAUGAUCCUGACCCACAAUGGCAAGAAAUGUGUGCAGUGGUUACUCGUGCUAUGGCUAAGAAAGGUAACAAAAUAGUCCCUCUGUGUGUACCAGAUGGGGGUAAGUCAUUAGAUGUAAAUAAGGCUCAGCUAGUAAAAUUGCAGCAUGACGAUCCAUCUCUCAGUAAAUAUUGGUCCUUGAAGGAACCUAAGUUUAAAGGUAACCAGGAAGUUAUGUUUCUGGAGAAAGGCGGUAUACUAUACAGACAGUUUACUCAUCCUCAUGUGAAUCAGGGUAGGUCUGUUAAGCAGAUGGUUGUACCUAUGCCAUUGCGUAACCAGGUCAUGAUAGUGGCGCAUGAUUCGAUAACGGGAGGGCAUAUGGGCGUAAAGAAAACUAGUGAUAGAGUCCUGAGCAAUUUCUACUGGCCAGGAAUACAUGGUGACAUAACAAGAUUCUGUAGAUCUUGUGAUAUUUGCCAGAGAACGGUACCUAAAGGUAAAAUUGCAAAAGUCCCCCUUCAGAAGAUGCCACUGAUAGAUGUGCCGUUCAAAAGGGUUGCUAUUGAUUUAGUUGGUCCUAUUCACCCUCCUAGUGAAAAAGGUCAUAAGUACAUCUUGACAUUAGUAGACUAUGCUACUAGGUAUCCAGAGGCAAUACCCCUGAAACAUAUCAGUACAGAUGAUAUAGCUGAAGCACUGUACAGUCGCCUAGGUAUACUAGAGGAGAUUUUACAUGACAUGGGAACUCAGUUCGUGUCAGAGUGUAUGUGUGAAGUUUCUCGUCUGUUGAGUAUUAGACAACUGUCAACCACCCCUUAUCAUCCAAUGUGUAAUGGGCUGGUUGAAAAGUUUAAUGGUAUGUUAAAAGCAAUGUUGAAGCGUUUGUGCAGUGAGCAGCCAAAGCAGUGGCACUGCUACAUCAAUGCAUUGCUAUUCGCCUAUAGAGAAGUGCCCCAAGAAUCAACAGGUUUUUCUCCCUUUGAGCUGAUGUAUGGGAGGAUUAUCAGAGGUCCUAUGCAUAUUUUGAAGCAACUCUGGACAACAGAGACUGAGGAACCAGAAAUUAGAAACAGUUAUCAGUAUGUGUUUGAGUUAAGAGAGCGCUUGGACGAAACACUGAAAAUUGCACAGGUAGAGAUGCAGAAAUCCCAGCAACGGUACAAGCACUACUAUGAUAGGAAGGUGAAAGUCAGAAGGUUUCAACCUGGACAAAUGGUUCUUAUUCUACUACCAACUGAUAGUAACAAGUUAUUAAUGCAGUGGAAGGGGCCGUAUGAAAUUGAUAGUGUGAUUGGUGUAAAUGACUAUAGAGUAAAUGUACGUGGAAAGUACAAAACAUAUCAUGCUAACUUGCUGAAGAAGUAUAUUCAACGAAAUGAGCAGAGUAGUGAAGCUGAUGACAAUCUGCCUGUCUUGGGCAUUGCUAGUGCAGCUGUCAUAGAGUAUGAAGAGUCUUUAGAUGAAGACGCUGUACAGGAUGAUGACUUGUUGGUGCUGAAUUCUUGCAUGUCAAAGGAGUCAGUAGCUGACGUGAAAUAUGGCAGGAACCUGACUCAUGAUCAGGAGCAAUCAGUUCGCUGUCUAGUGCACGAGUAUAAGCACAUAUUUACAGACCUACCUGGCACUACCAACCUUAUCCAGCAUCGUAUUCAACUGAGAACCGAUGAACCUAUAAGAUCGAGGCCUUACCCGGUGCCAUAUAGUGUACAAGAGUCUUUGAAAGAGGACAUUCAAAGUAUGUUGAAGAUGGGAGUUAUAAGAGAAACCGAAUCCCCAUAUGCAUCACCUGUCGUGAUAGUACGCAAAAAAGAUGGAUCGAAUCGUAUAUGUAUUGACUACCGAAAGCUAAACAAGGUAACAGUGUUUGAUCCAGAGCCAAUGGUGACGGCAGAUGAUAGUCCCAAGAUCUCA